AUGCCACUCCACCGCAUUUACGCCGCGAAGGGGACAUUCUCGCCUCCCGAAAAGAAGGCCAUUGCGCAGAGUAUUACCAACAUAUACAACUCUAUCCCAAUUCCUGCCUUCUACACUGUGGUGGUGUUCAUAGACGUCGAUGAGGAGAGCAUCUUCGUGGGCGGGGAGUCAAACGCUCGCUUUGUGAUAGAUCUCAUCCAAGACGCCUUCGCACCAUACGUCCGUGACCGUGGCCUGGACUGGGAAUCUCACGUCGAAUGGGUGGAGAGAGAGUUCUGGAGGGAGAAUGGCAUGCGACCUCCCCUGCCCAACACUGAAGCAGAGAAGAAGUGGGUCGAGCUGAACAAGCCGGUCCCAUACUAA